UGAUAUGCAAUACUAAAAUAUAUUUAUAUUUGACAAUCAAUCACAUCAAGUAACCUUUUCCUGUUUCUGACCAUGUUAAUUCAGGAGAGUCAUGGUUCUGUGCGCUGCAGAGGUUCGGAAGGUGACAGGUCUGAAUGGCAGGUUCUCUCCAGGAGCAGAUGUCUCAGACCUCUGGGCAGGCUGGCACUCUUCUCUACUUGCUUUCACUUCCUUCCCUCCCCCCACCCCAAAUGAGAGAGAUGUCUGGCCCAUACCAAGGGCGGCUGCCAGAAUGCAAAGGUCUCACACAAAGCCCCCAAUUGUGUUCCCCAUGAAUGUGUUAGCUGUCUCACAAGGAAGGACAGUGAAAGCAUCACCGUGCCCAGGACAGCAUCUUUCUGCAGCCUCUGUUCCCUCCCACCAUUUAGAGCAUCUAACGUUUCACCACCACGUGGCUCCUUCUCCAAGUCAAGGUGCCAGGGUGGGCAGUAAAAUGGGGCAUGUUCUCGGGUUUCAAACCGGAUUCCGAGGGAUUUGAUAAUGCACAAGCUCUAUACUGUCAGAAGGCAGAGUCAAGAGGAGCAAAGAGGGCAUCGAGAAUGGAGGAACAGACUGUGGCCCACACCACCCCCUGUCCAGAGAGAGCCGUGCCGGCAGAAUCCAAAAGCCCUUCCAGGACAUUUUGGCUUGUUCUUUCUGUCAUUUUAAUCUGUGGAAUUAUCUGCAUUGCUGUGGCAGCAACUCUCAGCUUCGCAAAAACAUCUCCCAAGCCUCUUUUGCAGGUUGUCCGGUUAAACUUCCAGAACCGACCAGGGUCCCGGAUGAACCAGUCGGCUUUCAUGAACAAGUCCAAGAACACAGUUACUUAUUGCAUAACUUCCCCAAGUAACCAAACAACGUCAGUCUUGUUUGACAACAAGAAUGGCUACGUCUGCUACAAGCCCUCAGAGCAGAACAAUUGCUACCUGAGGAUGAUGGAUGACCAAGACCGAGACACUGUCCAGAUGUCCUUCAACUUGUCAGAACACAGGGUGGAUCAGCUGCCGCUUCCCAACGACAGGACCCAGUACUACCGUGAGUUCCUGGGGAUCGUGCCAGGGAGGCAGGUGCGACCAGAAGAGGCAGGGGAGGCUGUCAGGUCCCUGUGUGGGCAGGCGCCCAUCUACUGGGUCAAGAAGAAAGACGGUCCUCCAAAGCAGCGGCUCAUCUACCUGUGCAUUGACAUCUGCUUUCCGAACAACAUCUGCGUCUCCAUCUGCUUCUACUACCUUCCCGAAUGAAUGGCCUGGACCACCCUCUGCACCUCUGCUCUUCUCUACUUGAACACAAGGGCGAGGCUCCGCUGUCUCCGCCAAGCCCACGUUGCAAUUCAGGGCUCUGGAUUGGGCAAGGAGGGCUACAGGAACCUUCCCCAACCUGGUGCUCUCUGGGUGCUUUGGACUACAAUUUCCACCAGCACAGCUGUGCUUCCCAGGUCUGAUGGGCUUGUAGUCCAACAGCAACUGAAGGGCACCAAGUUGAAGAAGCUUGAACUACAGCGACACACAGUCAAGGUGGCAGUAUAUACAUAUAUGUGUGUGUGUAUAUACUGUAUGUAUAUGUAUGCUCCUGCUUUAUUUACAAAGAAUGUUGCCCUUUCAGCUAUAAGCCUGUAAAUAAUUGUCUGUGGGGAGAAGAAACUGCAUGGUGUAGAUCCAGUUUAAAAUCUGAGUCAAACAAACAUUUUGUAAAACAAAGUAUUUUUUAAGAAAAACAACAAACCACCCAUUUUAAGGAGCUACCCUGGUGUGUGUGCAUGUGUGAAAAUAAUUAAAAGCACAAAAAAUGAGGAAAUGAGCAGCUUGAGAUGUGUGUUAAUAGCAGCAAGGGGGAGAGAGA